GAGAGAGAGAGAGAGAGAGAGAGAGAGAGAGAGAGAGAGAGAGAGAGAGAGAGAGAGAGAGAGAGAGAGAGAGAGAGAGAGAGAGAGAGAGAGAGAGAGAGAGAGAGGGAGGGGAAGCUUUAACAGGAUAUUUAGUCACUAUGGUGACCUACAGCAGAUAUUAAUCUAGAUUUCUGGUUGCCAGGUUGUUUUGUCACGAGGGAGUGACUUUUGAGUUGUCGGCGUCUUUAACAAACUUACAUCCCGUGGAUCAAUGUGACUUCAGUAAAUCUGAGGAGCAGCAUUUUCCAUCUGUGAGUCACUGCUUCCUGAAACAUCAAGAUGGUUUCGACCUCUGAGACCAUAAACAUGACCAUCUUACCCAACGACACGUCCUGUAAGACCCUCUAUGACCACCGGGCUUACGCGCGCAUCUUCAUACCUCUUUUCUACAGCAUUGUGUUUUCUGUGGGCUUGCUUGGAAACUGCCUCGCCCUCCACGUCAUCCGAGCCAAUCAGAAGAAACUCAACUCCACCACUCUGUACUCUCUCAACCUGGUGAUCUCGGACAUCCUCUUCACUCUCUCCCUGCCUCUCAGGAUGCUUUACUAUGCUCAGGGCUUCCACUGGCCUCUGGGAGAAGUGCUCUGUAAGAUCUCAGGUUUCAUCUUCUACAUGAACACCUAUGCAGGAGUCAACUUCAUGACGUGCCUGAGCGUGGACCGUUUUAUCGCCGUGGUCCUGCCCCUGCGCUUUGGCAAGUUUAGGAAAGUGGGAAACGUCCGUUACAUCUGUGUUGGUGUGUGGCUGUUGGUCCUGGCACAGACGCUCCCCCUCUUUGGCAUGCCUAUGACCAACAGUGAAGAUGGAGGCUACAUCACCUGUAUGGAAUACCCCAACUUUGAAAAGGUGGACAACAUUUCCACCAUUCUGAUCGGUGGGGUCUUUCUAGGAUUUAUCAUCCCUGUGGUCACCAUCCUGGUCUGUUAUUCCGUCUUGUGCUCCAAACUCCGCCUAUCGGCUAAGACCAACCAUUUAACUGAGAAGUCUGGCCGCAGUAAAAAGGCCAUCGGUGUGAUCUGCUGCGUCUCUGUGGUGUUCGUCGUCUGUUUCAGUCCUUAUCACAUUGACCUCCUACAGUACAUGAUCCGCAAGUUGGUGUCGAACCCCGACUGCACCGAUCUGACCGCCUUCCAGGUGUCGCUACACAUAACGGUGUGUUUGAUGAACUUAAACGCCUGCUUGGACCCAUUUAUCUACUUUUUUGCCUGUAAGGGAUACAAAAGGAAGCUCCUGAAGCUGCUGAAGCUACAGGGCAGCAUUUCCUUCUCCAGUGCAGUGAGGACACCAGAAGGUUCCACCAAGGACUACACUGACGGCAACAAGAUCCAACUGAACUCUGAAAGAAUAAACGAAAGGAGAUUAAACUCGACUGAUCAAAGUUGAGAACUUUGGUGAGACUGAAACAGCUUUGAAGACAAACUGCUGCUCGACACUGUCGACAGCUGAUCAUCAAUACUGCAAUCUAUCAGCAUUCAGUGGAUUAUUUCUAACAAAGGAUUUAAUCUUAUUUCUUUUAAUUAAAUGAGCACAUCAUCUCUUUGAGCAACGACUUGACAUUUGUCAAAUGAGCAUGAGAUGCAACAUUUUUGCAGCUAUGCAGACAAAGGAAAAAAAACCUGAACAUUUUUUCCAGCAAAGAAAGGAAAUGAAUAAGUGACAGUGUUACAUCAAUGCAAAAGACCCUUAUCGUCCGCUCUAAACACAAGUGAUCAUCAGUUUUCCGUUUCUCAACCAUCAAUUAAUGAGCAAGAGCAAACAUAAAAUGUUUUACACCACCAUUAAAGGGAUAGCAUGCAACCUUUUCAUAUUUUUAAUGAUUUCCUUGAGCCAGUAUGUGUUAAAAUGACCUCUGUGGCCAGAAUACCAUAUUUGCAACUUUAGAGUGUCAGGCUGCCAUAUGCUGACCUAGAAUAAAAUUGAGCUGACAUACCUGGCAUUGCAGUCUGCUCCCAGCACUUUUCCUGCAUGUUUUAGAUCAUCAACACAGCUGAUUUGUUUCAUUUAGUGGUGACUUGCUCCUAUAGAAACUAACGAAGGCUGAGGAGACAUUUUCAGCUGUUAGAUUAAAGCCUGGGGCACACCGGAGGCACACACGCCGUGUCGUGCCGCAUCGCAACUGCACCAUUUUUUAAAAUAGAAGCCAUUAUAGUUAUUGAGAGUGACUACACGGGGAGCUCCGCUACCUAGAACGGCCACACUGAGGCGCUGAAGAUUAGCACCAGUUCUAUCUAUCUUUGUUUAAAACAUUGGGGAGUUCUUUUCAACAGACGUUACGACGGCUUUACGGCACAAAUCCAACCGCAGUUUUGAUAACUUUAAAGUACUAUUAAUCUUAAAAUAUUCUAAUAGAUAGCGUACGUACCAAUUUUUUUAUUAAUUAAUCUCACAAAACACGACGACAAGUCUAAUCACAUAUAAACAAUAGAGUCACUUCCCGCUUCCUGUUCUCAAGUCCUGAGUGAUGUUGUGACUGUUGUGCGACUUUCCAAGAAGUGCAGCACGUCCUGUGUGACCUCUUAACUUCUCAAAAUCGUGGGUGCAACGCGACGCGUCUCCCUCCAGUGUGCCUAAGACUUAAGGCAGGGGUGCCCCAACCUGGUCCUGGAGGGCUGGGCGGCGUCCAGCAAGUUUUAGGGUGUUUCUCAAUGUCAAGGCGCCUGGCCAUGCGAGGCCAGGUGCCUUACUUAUGAGGACCCUAUCCUUCCUUGGUCAAAGAAAACGGUUACAAGGAACAGACUUGCAUCAAGUGGCCCCGGCUUCCACGGCGGUCACGUAAUGGCACGUGACAUGGGAGACAACGUUAUGUAUUAGUUUCGAUAUAAACAUAUGUUACGCCCUCUAUUGGUGGAUAAGGAGAAGGACAGGGAGUAACACAGAGGCAUGUGUUUCAGGUGUUAAAAUUGUAAACAAUGAUUUGAUUAAAAGGAUUUUAAAAUGACACAAAGUUCCAAAUCUAUAUCUUUAACACUGUUAAAAUGUUCAAGGGUUUGCGUUGAAAAAAGACAUCCGAAUGCUCCCAAACAUUCACAAAUGUUUGGGAGCGGUCCCGCUUCGCUGCCCCCGACCCAACCGGCUGAACAGCCUUACUCGCUCCCCUCCACCCCGUCCUCUACCUCAACUGAGGCCGAAGCGAAGCUGGACCGCCGUCUAGAAGGUCAAGUGCCUCAUCCUCUCCCUUCCUCCUGGCAGCUCUCCCUUUUAUGCUGCUCAGGAGGUGAUCAGCCCAAGUGAGUGCAGCUGUGCAGGUAGGAGAAGGAGGCAAUGCACUGAUUGUCCUCUAGCGUCAGAUCUCGGAGACAAACAGCAACAGCUGUAACAACAUACAACAAGCCUUUUAUUUUUUAAAUUGUGUGUUACUACCCGCUAGCCAUCGAAGCUGCAACUACUAAGCAACUAACCAACAAUAGAUAACUUCUUUGGAUCUAAAAAACCUUUUAAAAUUAGUUGACUUACUUUUAAAUUUGAAAAUUGUCCCCGAAGUAGCUGCCGGCUUCAGAUCCGACGUCCUUUUGAAAAUACUGCGGUGUAUUAUGGGUAAUUUUUGACCAAGGCUAGGCUACAAGAUACCUCCCGUGUAUCCUCGCUCAGCUAUCUAAACGACUAACAAAUGGAGAACACACGCCUUGGUAGAACAUGAAUAUUGGAACACGUCUUGUCGACUCCCAAUGACGUAUCUCCUAGGCAACCGGGGUGGGGCCAAGACAUCAAGGCGAGGUUCCUUGGCAUUGAGAAACGCUCUUAGUUUUAACCCUACAUCAACACAUCUGAUUUCAAUCAAUAGGUGAUUAACCGGCUUGUGCGGAGCCCAAGGAGUUGCUGCACAGGUGAUUCAACCAUUUAAUCAAGUAUGAAACCACAAAACCUGCUGGACCAGGAUUGGGCAUCCCUGGUUUAAGGUGUUAAAAAGUCAAAUGCCCAGCGAGGAGAUAAGUUUCACUUUUGCUGUGACCACGGAUUAUUGUUAACGGACACUAGGGGGUGCUAAAAACAAGCAAACCUGCUAGAAUCCCUUUAAAUCUUAGUUCCACACAUUCUUAAUGAUAAUUUGCAAUGUCACAACAGACAAAUAACAUUUAAAGAAAAGCUGUAUGUUGUAUGAAUAAGUUUAAUCUUCAGUAGAAAUGUAAACGUCUUUACGUGGUUUUAUAGGGAUGUAUGUACCUAUGUUUGUUUUUUAUAAUUCAUACCUUUUUUUCUCAUUGAAAAUUUUGUGAAGUUCUGUAAUAAUUUCUGUAAAUAAAUAAUAUACAGUGAGAAUAUUCUGUAAAUAGGCC